UACUCCCUGCAAACCCUACAUGAUACAGGCCGCCUCCCUCUCUCCCUCCCCCCCUCUCAAUCGGCGGGAAUGCCUUUCCUCGCCACGCUCGCCGCUGCUACUUACGCCCUGUCGGGUCGCUCCUCCACCACUCCACUGUGCUGCCCCGCUGGAUUUCUCUUUCCUAUCCUUUUCUCUCUCAUGUCUCUUCUUUUUCUUCUUCUCAACUGUCCUUCCAUCUCUCUCGUUCCGGAUCCCACGUUUUCUCUCGCUGCUCCACCAUCGCGCCGCCUCGCCUUCCUCAACCGUCGCGCUAGCCCACCUGCACAGCCGCAUCAUGGGAUAACAAUUUGAUUUGUCGAUAAAAGCUGUCGGUGUAGCUUCUCAAACAAGAUCGGGGGUGUGUCAUCUUUUCUGUGGUCUGUUACAGAUAUCUGCAUAAAGACUUAAAGAGGGAAGAUAUUGUGAUGGCUGUGGAUAAGCCUGAUUUAGUCUCUGAGUAUUUGAAGAAUAGAGGCCUUGUCCAAGUACAUUUGGACUCCUUCAAUCAUUUUGUACGGACUAAAAUAAAGUCGAUUGUUAAAGAGAAGAUCAUCAAGCAUGAUAAGUUCCCAGAGGUUUACUUGAGAUACAAUGAUGUUUUCAUUAGUGAACCAUUAAUCAUGCGGAAUGGUGUCACAGAUCUGCUAGACCCCCAGAGGUGUCGUCUUUCCGACCAUAGCUAUUCUGCUUCAAUAUAUGCGAAGAUAGAGUAUAAGAAUGGAGGCAAUCAAUCAAUCCAAAAGAUGAACCAAUUCUUAAUUGGGAGAUUGCCUAUCAUGCUAAAGAGUUGCUGUUGCGUAUUGAAUGGGAAGGGUGAAGAAGAACUUGUCAGAUAUGGUGAAUGCCCACUUGAUCCUGGAGGAUAUUUUAUAGUUAAAGGAGCAGAAAAGGUUAUUUUGAUGCAUGAACUACCCGCGGAGAACAAUAUAGUCGUUGAAACUUAUCAAAAAGGAAGGCGAGAUGUUUUUUAUAAUUUCCUAAGAUUAAUAGCUAGAAUAGUCUCUGUAUAUUGGAGAAUGGGAUCUUGUUGCGAGGUUCAACGUGCUCAAUUCCAUCUGUCGUACAUGGUGUACUUAUGCUUGAUUGGAGAAUGGGAUCUUGUUCUGAGUAUGCAAGCAUCUGUUACAAGCCUUUUCCAAACCGGAACCACUAAUAUCAUAAGGCUUGAGAAAGAGAUGAUAUAUCUUUACCUGAAUGAGUUUACAACCAAGGUUCCCAUUAUCAUAGUCCUGAAAGCUAUGGGUAUGGAAGAUAAUGAGGAGUUUGUCCGGAUGAUUGGGAGCCACAAAAAAUACAAAAUAUUGCUAGAGCCUUCUAUUUUGGAGAGUGAGAAGGAAGGUGUACAUACACGAACUCAGGCCGUGAACUUUCUUCGCCGAAAGGUUAAGAAUCCUCGAUUUAAUACACUUGAAAAGAUUCUCCAAGAAAAAUUUCUUGCCAAGGUUCCUCUGGAGCAUAAAAACGAUUUACGCCCAAAAUGCAUACAUGUUGCUCUAAUGCUGAGACGCAUGUUUAAAGUAAUAUUAGACGAAGAUACAUUGGAUGAUAAGGAUUAUGUGGGCAAUAAAAGACUGGCGCUAUCUGGCCCAUUGCUAUCAUCACUUUUUGAGGACUUAUUCCAGUCAAUGAAUGAAAGGGCCCAUAAAGCAAUUGGAGUCCACUUAAACAAAAAAACUAAGACAUCUCCUCCAUUUGACAUUACCCAGCAUGUACAUGCUCACAACAUAACUAUUGGUCUAGAAACAGCUCUUUCUACUGGAAAUUGGAAACUCAAGUCCGGGAUGAACUUGAAAGGCGUGUCACAGGUUUUAUCUAGACUCUCAUACAUAGCAACUAUGGGGCACAUGACAAGGAUCGCUCCAGUAUUUGAAAAAUCUAUACACGUCACUGACCCUAGAGCUUUACACCCCAGCCAGUGGGGGAUGUUUUGCCCUUGUGAUACUCCAGUAGGUGAAUCUUGUGGAUUGGUGAAGAAUCUGGCACUGAUGGCGCAUGUUACGGUUGGUGAAGAAGAUACAGGCCCUCUCAUGGUUCAGCGUGGAGUCCGCAACUUUCAGAGUUUCCUGAAAGAAGGCUUGAUUGAAUACCUUGAUGUAAAUGAGGAGAACGAUGCUUUGAUCGCCUCACAUGAAGAGGUUGCUAAAGAAGAAACAACCCAUAUUGAAAUAGAAUCUUUUACCAUGUUCGGCGUGGUUGCUGGAUUGAUACCUUAUCCUCAUCAUAACCACUCAUCAAGAAUUAUGUAUCAGUGUUCUAUUGGGAAGCAAGCUAUGGGCAAUAUUGCAUAUAAUCAGCUGUGUAGGUUUGACAAUUUAAUGCACCUCUUAGUUUAUCCACAACGACCAUUACUAACUACACGAACAAUUAAGAUGGUCUCCUAUGAUAAAUUAGGUGCUGGACAGAAUGCAAUUGUUGCAGUUAUGAGCUAUAGUGGAUAUAACACAGGGGAUGCAAUUGUAAUGAAUAAGUCAUCAUUGGAUCGCGGUUUUGGUCGAUGCAUUGUAAUGAAAAAAUUAGUAGCACUUAAAAAGGACCCUAGGCAUUACAAUCCUGAUCGCCUUGUUAGACCCCGAAGAGAUGGAUCUGAUGCUAAACAAACACAGAUUUUGGAUGAUGAUGGACUAGUAUCUCCUGGAGAAAUAAUUCGUGACGGUGAUAUCUAUAUCAACAAGCAGUCCCCCAUAAACCCAAAGAGUCUAUCCAAGCUGAAUAGACAUUAUAAGUGGAGUAAGCAAACAUACAAAGGUAUUGAAGGAGAUACAGCUGUCGUGGAUAGAGUGGCACUCUGCACUGACGAGGAUGGCAACUUAUGUAUCAAAUAUAUGAUUCGUUCUACUCGUAGACCAGAGGUUGGUGACAUGUUUAGUAGCCGUCAUGGGCAAAAAGGAGUUUGUGGCGCCAUUUUUCAGCAGGAAGAUUUGCCUUUUUCUGAAUGUGGAGUAUGUCCGGAUUUAAUCAUAAAUCCUCAUGGUUUUCCAGGACAUAUGACUGUCGGGACGAUGAUAGAACUUCUUGGUAGCAAGGCUGGCAGUUGUUGUACAAAGUUUCAUUAUGGCAGUGCAUUUGGGGAGCGCAGUGGUCACGCAGAUAAUGUUGAGGCUAUAGGUGAAACCCUUGUGAAGCACGGUUUCAGCUACGAUGGGAAGGACUUUCUCUACUCAGGCAUCACUGGUGAGCCACUGCAGGCGUAUAUUUUCAUGGGUCCCAUCUACUACCAAAAGUUGAAACACAUGGUCAUUGAUAAAAUGCAUGCUCGAGGUAACGGGCCACGUACUAUACUUACUAGACAACCCACACAAGGCAAGAGUAGAAAUGGAGGUCUGAGAGUGGGUGAAAUGGACCGGGAUUGCUUGAUUGCGUUUGGAGCAAGUAUGUUAAUCCAAGAGCGCUUGAUGCUCUCAAGUGAUCCUUAUGAAAUUCAGGUAUGCCAGAAGUGUGGGCUAAUAGGGUAUUACAGCGAGAAGCUUAAAACAGGGAUGUGUUCAAUGUGCAAGAAUGGGAAGAAUAUGUCCACCAUAACAAUUCCAUAUGCUUGCAAGCUUCUGAUCCAGGAGCUCCAGUCGAUGAACAUCGUGCCUUGUUUGAGAUUAAAAGAAGCGUGAAUGUGGCGUCACUGUAUGUAGGAAAAUUUUGUGAACUUAAAACCCAAUGCAAAUUUUUUUGGGUAGGUUCUGUGCAAAUGAGACACCCCAUUCAUAAGGGCACACUCAAAAAAUUCUGAUAUAUGUUUGGAAUGUGUUCUGGCCAACAGAUUAGUAGCACUUAA